CCCGAGCUCUCCCGUCCCACCCCCUUCCCUCCGAGGGCAGGAGCGACCAAGAUGGCGGACUUCGACGACUACGAGGAUCGGGCCUACAGCAGCUUCGGGAGCCGGAGGAGGCAGCGAGGGGGAGGCGGCGGAGAUGGGCCGCGCCGUCAGAAGGAGCUGCCGACCGAGCCCCCGUUCACGGCUUUCGUGGGGAACCUCCCUUUCAACGCCGUCCAGGGGGACAUCGACCACAUCUUCAAGGACCUGCAGGUUCGCAGCAUCCGCCUGGUCCGGGACAAGGAGACUGACAAGUUCAAAGGGUUUUGUUACGUGGAAUUUGACGAUGUCGAAACUCUUGAGGAAGCACUAACGUUUGAUGGAGCUCUCUACGGGGACAGGACACUACGCGUUGACAUCGCAGAAGGGCGGAGACAAGAACGAGGUGGCUUUGGCCGAGGAGGCGAUCGAGGCCGUGGUACGCGAGGGCCGUUACGUGGUGGUCGUGAGGAUGACUUUCAAGGAGGUUUCCGUGAUUCCGAUUACGGACGUUCGAGUGGGUUCGGGAGCCGGGGUUAUUCAGAGGGACGGUUGAUGGGGGACAGGCGAGGCAUGAUGAGCGGGGGCAGUGGGCGUUUCAGGGACGGACCCCCGCGUUCGGGACCCUCCUUCGAUUUCCGGGAACCGUCCGACGAGGAGCGCGCCCAGCGACCCCGUCUGCAGCUGAAGCCCCGCACAGUCUCGGCGCCCCUGAACCAAGUCGCCAACCCCAACUCGGCCAUCUUUGGCGGCGCCCGGCCGCGUCAGGAGCGGGACAAACCCGAUAGCCACGACAACUCCUAGUGCUGCGUUCGGACGGUUCUCUCUCCCCUCGGGAACCGCCUGGGGGGAGACGGAGACCGAUGGGG